AUGAAGGACUGCGAGUACCGGCAGAUCCCGCCCGGGGCGGCGGCCGCGGCGGGCCCGGGGCAGGCCGGGCCGCUGUCGCUGUCGCCGGCGGGGGCCGCGGGGCCCGGGGCGGCGCGGCGGCCCCGCAGGAAGUGGGAGGUGUUCCCGGGCCGCAACCGCUUCUACUGCGGCGGCCGCCUCAUGCUGGCGAGGCACAGCGGCGUCUUCGCCCUCACGCUCGGCCUCAUCCUGGUCACCAGCGGCCUCUUCUUCGCCUUCGACUGCCCCUUCCUGGCCAGUCACCUGACCCUGGCCAUCCCCAUCAUCGCCGCCGUCCUCUUCUUCUUUGUCAUCAGCUGCCUGCUCCAGACAAGCUUCAGGGACCCAGGGAUCCUGCCCAGAGCCACCCCCAGCGAGGCUGCAGACCUGGAGAAGAGAAUUGACAGCAUGGGCAGCUCCACGUACCGUCCCCCAGCCCGCACCAUGGAGGUGGUGAUCAACAAGUACGUGGUGAAGCUCAAGUACUGCUACACCUGCAAGAUGUUCCGGCCGCCGCGCACCUCGCACUGCAGCGUCUGCGACAACUGCGUGGAGAGAUUUGAUCACCACUGCCCCUGGGUGGGCAACUGCGUGGGCAAGCGCAACUACCGCUACUUCUACGCCUUCAUCCUGUCCCUGUCCUUCCUCACCGCCUUCAUCUUCGCCUGCGUCGUCACCCACCUCACCCUGCGCUCUCAGAGGGAUGGGUUCCUGGCCACUCUGAAGACAACCCCUGCGAGUGUGCUGGAACUGGUGAUUUGUUUUUUCUCAGUCUGGUCUAUUUUGGGCCUCUCAGGUUUUCACACUUACUUAGUCGCCUCCAACCUGACGACGAACGAAGAUAUCAAAGGGUCCUGGUCCAACAAGAGGGGCUCGGAGUUUGCCAACCCCUACAGCCAUAAGAGCAUCCUCACCAACUGCUGUGCAGUGCUGUGUGGGCCCUUCCAUCCCAGUCUGAUAGACAGAAGAGGAUUUAUCCAGCCGGAUGUGGGGACCCCGUCCAGUCCCAAGAGUGAAGUCCCUUCCUUUGGAGCCAAAACUGACACCAGCAUGGAGGAUGCCUGCCAGGACUUUGCCAUUUCCUGCACAGCCUGACGGGAUUUGCCCCUCCUCGGACGCUUGCCCUGAUGUCUGGGGGUUGGCUGCCCCAGCAGCCCGAGCCUCCCGUGGCUCAUCCCGGGACCGAGCCGUGACCACCUCGAGUGCCUCCACUCGCCAGGGCUGCGCCCCUGCUCGCCCAGCCCAGCCCGGGGCAGUUUUCGCAGCCGCGCUCCGGGAGCUCGGAGCUCAAAGCCAUACAACCACAGCCCGGGAGCUCAAAGCCAUACAAACACCCCAGUGCAGGACUGCAGCUCCUGCAGGACCCCGAGCCGCGGGUGGCUCCUGUGGCUGCACUCCCAGGACGGUGUCUCAGCACUGCAGAUGCUGCAAUUGUCACAGCUGUCGUCCCCACGGGAUUUUGGAAGGAGCAGGAUCACGCCAGAGCAUUUCCAACCCCAAACCCCCCAAGCCCAAAGGAGUUUCCCGACAGGAAUUCCGACCUGGCCAGUUUAUUUAUCCCUGCAGCCCUGGGCCUGGCAGCCUCCUCCCAGCACGGACUGGUUUAGGGGAAGGGGCUUGAGCUGAGAGCCAAGGGGAGCAGCCAGGCCUGCCCCAGCCCUGUAGGAUUCACCAUCUCUUUAUGCCUUGUACUUUUGUAACACAAUGAAAGUUUCUCCUAUUUACUGUA